CCGGCGCUUGGCCCUGCUGGGCUGCCGUCGUGAGGGAGGAACGCAGAGGCAAUUAUGGCGGCGUGCAUCGUCCCCGAGAGUGACAGCAUCCGCAGGGCCGUGUCGCUGCUCAACGCCGUGGACUCGGGUCGGUUCCCCCGGCUUCUCUCCCGCCUUCUGCAGAAACUGCACCUGAAGGCUGAAAGUAGCUUCAGUGAAGAGGAGGAAGAAAAACUUCAAAUAGCUUUUUCAUUGGAAAAGCAGGAUCUUCAUCUUGUUCUUGAAACUAUAUCAUUCAUUUUGGAACAGGCGGUCUAUCAUAAUUUGAAGCCUUCUUCAUUGCAACAACACCUGCAAAGCAUUCACCUGGAUCAAGACAAAGCUGAUGCAUUUGCCAGUGCAUGGGCGGCUGUGGGUCAAGAUACAAUUGAGAAGUUCAGGCAGAGGAUUUUGACCCCUCAGAAGCUUGAAACAAUUGGAUGGCAGCUUAAUCUUCAAAUGGCAGAGUCCAUGCAAGUGAAGCAGAAGUCUCCUCGAGCCAUAUUAGAGCUGGGAGUGAGCAAUGAAGAUUCAAAGAACCUGAAGAAAGUGUUUGUGGAAUUUAGUCAUCAGGAGCUGUUUGAGUUCUAUAACAAGCUGGAAACUAUACAAGCACAGCUGGAUUCCCUUACAUGAUGGUUUGGAAGACUUAUUUCUCCAUCACACUCCUUCCAUUAUUUUUGAAUUGAAGAUAGAUUGCCAAGUUGUGUUUGCUGAAGGACUGAGCAGAUUGCUUCCUGUAAAAUUAUAUGGCUUAUCUCCUUUUUAGACCAGUAACAUUAGCCAAACAUCUUUGUUGAGAGUCUGAAGAUUCUAAUGGACUUUCUCUUUUUUUUCUAUGAGCAAUUAUGAAAAAUGGCUUCACUUGCAGGAGGAAAAAAAAAAAAACCCAAAUCACAAAGCAACCUCCCCCAAAAAACCUCUCAGAAACAACAACAACAACAAAAAAAAAGUGCUACCUGCUUUGGACUUUUGCAAGAAUUUUUUGUCCUUUUGUGUGUGUUACUGGAUUCUGCUGGAAAUUCACAUACUAGUGAGGGACCAAGAAUAAUAUGUUUUAGAUAUAAAAAUAAUGUAAAACUGGUAAGAAUAUACACAACCUUCUGAAUUGUUGCUCACACAAUUGCUAAUGCUUUUUGCUAAAUUUAUCAAAAUAAACUGAGAAUUCAAAAAUAAA